GCCUCUUCCCUCCGGACCAGGCUCGGUUGAGUCGUCGGGUUGAGGAGGAGUGCGGUUGGAGUGCGAGAGGGUCGCGGCCGCGAUGAUCUGACAGAUGAAAUAGAGAGAAAAAGAAAGAGAAGGCGGGCGUCCUCCUAACACAAAACAAUGUUCCCCAAAGGCAAAGGCACCCCGGUGCCGUCGGACGGCCAAGCACGAGAAAAGUUAGCCCUGUACGUCUAUGAGUAUUUGUUGCACAUAGGAGCACAGAAGUCUGCACAGACCUUUUUAUCAGAGAUCCGAUGGGAGAAAAACAUCACACUUGGAGAACCCCCUGGAUUCCUACAUUCCUGGUGGUGUGUAUUCUGGGACUUGUACUGCGCUGCACCAGAGAGGAGAGAGACAUGUGACCACUCCAGCGAAGCGAAAGCCUUCCAUGAUUAUAGUGCAGCAGCAGCCCCCAGUCCUGUGAUGGGAGGGAUGCCCCCUGGUGAGGGAAUGCCAGGAGGACCCAUGCCACCCGGCUUUUUCCAGGGUCCUCCUGGUCCCCAGGGCUCUCCUCACCCCCAGCCUCCUCCCCCUAACAAUAUGAUGGGACCUCACAGCCAGUCCUUCAUGUCGCCUCGUUUUGCUGGAGGUCCAAGAGGUCCCCCUAUCAGGAUGUCUAACCAGCCUCCAGGCGGAGGACCUGGCCCUCAUCCCAUGCUACCCAACAUGGACCCGACACGACCACAAGGCCAUCCUAACUUGGGUCCGAUGCAGAGAAUGAGCGGCCCUCGAGGCAUGGGACCCAUGGGACCAGGACCUCAGAACUUUGGUGGUGGGAUGAGACCUCCACACAACACCAUGGGCCCUGGUAUGCCAGGAGUGAACAUGGGCCCAGGAACUGGUCGACCAUGGCCAAAUCCUAACAACGCCAACUCUAUGCCUUACUCAUCACCAUCUCCCGGUGCAUACGGGGGUGCUUCUGGUGGCGGGGGACCCCCAGGAACUCCCAUCAUGCCCAGCCCUGCAGACUCAAACAACUCUGGGGACAAUUUGUACACCAUGAUCAACACUGGACCCGGCAACAGAAACAAUUUCCCGAUGGGCCCCGGCUCUGAUGGACCCCUGGGAGCCAUGGCUGGGAUGGAGCCACACCACAUGAAUGGGUCACUAGGCUCGGGGGAUAUGGAUGGAAUGAACAAGAAUUCUCCAAACAAUUUAAGUGGCAUUAGCAAUCCUCCUGGGACCCCGAGGGAUGACGGGGAGUUGAGUGGAAACUUCCUCCACUCCUUUCAGAGCGAGAACUACUCUCCAACUAUGACGAUGAGUGUGUGACCCCCCCCCCCCCCCCCUCCACACCACCUGAAAUGAUUUGCCAUCGUUCCGAAGAUCUAAACUCACUCCAGGACACGGCCAAACACAUCAGCACCGAAUCAGGGACCGGCGCCAUUUUGGUUCCACUCUAACGCCAGAAUGCUGAUGGGAGGAAAACGGAAAUGGCUGGCAAACUACUGCUCCUCGCUCAAAAUGAAGGACAAUUUUCUCCAUUUAUCACAACCCCAAGUGUGACAAAAACCAGCUACUGAAAAUGCAUACAAGACAUGUUUAUGUUCUUUGCAGAGCCCCCUUAACCCUCUCAGCCCCCUCAACCCUAGAGCGAAGAGAAAAAAAAAAUGGUUGAAGUUUACCUCUUGUACUUUUUAAUUAUUGCUUUGUGUUGCAAGAUGUGCAGGAUUUGUCUCCGCUUUUGUCACUUGAAACACUGGAGAGUGUGUAUAUGCAUUGUGAGCUUGGAAAGUCUUUGUCCUGUCAUUUUACUUCUCGCCAUGCAUACUGUGUCGCCAAAUUCAGCUGACAUAGGACUCCGAUUUUUGCCUUUAACUCUGUGGCCACCUUUAUGAAUAAUGUACCUUACUGUUCUUCCCAAUGCUCACCCUUCUAUUUAAAACGGUCUAUAAGGGGAAAAGACUUAAGAAUAAGGUUUUACUGUGGCGACCAUGUCGAAUCCUGUUUGAUCACUUUCCCUCUACUAUUUUUGACAGCAAGUCGGCGCUCUUUGCUGUUUGAAUUCAAAACGGCUCGAUCGCUGCUGAAUUCUGUUAAGGGACACCAUACGAAGUGAGUGCAUGAAAGCUGAGACUCUGUGUACAACAUACUACCUAGUGCUGCUCUUCUCUAUGUGGACACCUGCUUUAAUAUGUGGUGUGUAUCUCUUUACCUGUCUGUGCUUAACACUCUGUGCUCUUCAUCGCCGUAGCCUUCUGUGUCAUUUCCACUUGGGUUCAUAAUGAUGAAACGGCUAUGAACGAGCUGCCCAUUUUAACCUCUCCUGCAUAUUGGUUGUUCACAUUCUCCCUCCUGUAUUCUCGGUCGUCCCCCUUGGCCCUGCCCCUUCUCGCCCAACCCAAACUUAUUAUUUUUUUAAAUAUUUUGAUACGAUCUUUGACUACAUAUAUUGCCCCAGUUAUUCAGAGUUAGUCAAAGCUUUCUAAACCCAUUCUAGUAGGCAUCAUUAUCAACUUAGUCGCAGGUUUUUAAUGUGAUGAGAAUUUUUUUUUUCCUGUGAACAUUAUGCAUUACACACAUCUGUCCUAUGUUGCCUUUAUUUGCUGAUAUUUUUUUAUUUCAAAUUGAGGAAAGAUUGCUUGUUAAUAUAAUUUUACAAUAACUUAA